AAUGAAAAUACCACUUCUUUAUGGUAUCGGAGCCUAACUAAAACCCUAAAAUAUCUUCCCUAGUUUCGGCCCUCCCCUUACGCCGAACCACCACUUGCGCCGCCGUCUCCCUCCUCCACUCUUCACGGUCGCCAGCUUCCUCCCCCUCCUACAAUGGCCGAAAGUAAAAUCACCUCUCAAUCCUCCACCCAAAAAUCUCCACAUGUGGCUUUCUCCGUCUCUAAUGUCAAACUCCAUGUUCCAAUCCAACUCAGCUUUUCUCAACCAAACUACAAAAAGUGGAGCCGCGUGUUCCUUCUUCUUGCACGGCGGUUCAACCUUCAGGGUUAUCUCAACGGUUUUAUUGCUCCCAUCUCCGACGACGAUGAUGAAUGGUUUCAGCUCGACGCCAUCCUCCAGGGCUGGAUUCUCUCCACUAUCACUGAUGAAGUUUCUGAUCUAGUUCUUUCCUCUGUUUCUACUGCUUCUGCUCUAUGGACGGUGAUUCAUGACCUGUUUCACGACAACAAACAUGCUCGCGCCAUGCAACUCGAGCAUCAAUUUCGAACCACCGUCAAAGGAUCUACUCCCAUGGCUACGUAUUGCCAAGAGCUCAGGAAUAUUGCGGAUUGGUUGGACGAUGUAGACGCUCCCGUAUCCGAACACCAAUUGGUUCUCCAGAUGCUGCGAGGACUUCCCGACGACCUACAGGCACAAACCUCGUUUCUCCAGUUCCAGGAUCCCAUGCCGAGUUUCCUCCAGGGGCUUUGCCCCUCGGGGUUGUCGGCCUAAAACCCUGCUCAGAGCACUGCCCCCGAAUCCUCGCCAAGAGGUACACUGCCCCUUUGGAACCUCCAUUAGUUAGAGACUUUUAUCAUAACAAAUUUAACGAAGUGUGUACUCUACAAUUUCAAAAUUCUUUAAUGAUUAUUAUGAAACCACUGAUCAAAUAGUUAUUCUAAUUAUACUAAAAUAUACUACCUCCGUCCCAUUGUCUUUGUCCACAUUUGACUUUUGGAACUGUUCAUCUAAGCACUUUGACUCAUCAAAUUCUCUUAAUGUGUAAGCCUAAAAAUAGUCAUGUGUGAUCUUGUUUGAUUCGUCUUAACAUAUAGAUUAUUAAUAUAUAAUUUGUAUAAUU